AUGUCUGCACCUGCCGCUGCUCCAGCCACCGAUGCUAGCUUGACAAGCAAGGAUUACUACUUUGAUUCAUAUGCUCACUUUGGCAUCCACGAGGAAAUGCUGAAGGAUGAGGUCCGUACUUUGUCUUACCGUAACUCCAUCUACAACAACAAGCAUCUCUUCAAGGAUAAGGUUGUUCUCGAUGUUGGUUGUGGUACUGGUAUCCUUUCCAUGUUUGCUGCUAAGGCUGGCGCCAAGCACGUUUAUGGUAUUGAUAUGUCCAAUAUCAUUCACCAAGCUCGUAUCAUUGUCAAGGACAAUGGUUUGGCUGACAAGGUUACCCUUAUCCAAGGUAAGAUGGAGGAGGUCGUUUUGCCUGUUGAUAAGGUCGAUAUCAUCAUUUCUGAAUGGAUGGGCUACUUCUUGUUGUACGAGUCCAUGCUUGAUACUGUUCUUGUCGCCAGAGACAAGUACUUGGCUCCUGGAGGUAUGAUCUUCCCUGACAAGGCUACCAUGUGUAUCGCUGCCAUCGAAGAUGGUGAUUACAAGGAAGAAAAGAUUGGUUACUGGGACAAUGUGUAUGGUUUCGAUUACUCCUCCAUCAAGAAGAUUGCUAUUAAGGAACCUUUGGUUGACAUUGUUGAACCUCGUUGUAUUAUGAGUGAUACCUGCGCUUUCAAGGAAAUUGAUAUCGCUACCGUUACCAAGGAAGAUUUGAACUUCAAGGCCCCCUUCAAGAUUACUGCCGAACGUGAUGAUUACGUUCAUGCUUUCAUCUCUUGGUUCGACAUCUCCUUCACACACUGCCACAAGCCUGUUGAAUUCUCUACAGGUCCUUUCUCCAAAUACACUCACUGGAAGCAAACUGUCUUCUAUACUCCUGACGCUUUGACUUUGAAGAAGGGUGAGAGCAUUGAAGGUGAAUUGACUUGUUCUCCCAACAAGUCUAACCCCAGAGAUCUUGAUAUUAUCAUCGACUAUAAGUUCGCUGGUGCUCAUGGUGAUGUCCAUGAAGUCUGUGAUUACAAGAUGUCUUAG